AUGAGCUUACAGUUGGAAGAAGUCAACGAAACGCAACAACUCAUGCAGAAUGAAGAAGAAGAUGAUCAAAAAAUAUCUCAUGCAGCGACAUCUCCUGUUGCAAGUAACAAAUUAUCCAGCGGAGCUGCUAGUCUUACUUCAAAGAACCAAGGACAAACUAUUUCAGGCGCUGGCAAUAACAGUAUAAAUGAAUCUACAAAAAUAUCUUAUGUUAGUGAAAGGCGCCUGCACAGAGAUUUAAUGCGUUCCAAUAAUAAACCAAAAAACAUACCUAAAGGAACACCUGAUGUAAAAAAUAUGGAAAAGGCGCUAUUAGAAUUACUUGAUGAUUUUCACACAGGCAAACUAAGUGCUUUUGGUACAGGUUGUAGUAUGGAUCAAAUGAUAAACAUAAGGGACCAACAAGAGCAUUUGGCAAGAUUACACUUUCGUCUUUGUGCAGAUGUUGAGAAACCUGACAAAACCGAUGAUAACUUUGAAAAUUCUGCAUCUAGGGACAAAAUGGCACAGCUGGUCCAAAGUUUAGCACAACUAUCAGCUUCUAUAGAGCAUUUGCACUCUGAUGUUAACAGCACUAAUGUGAAUGUUAACAGCACAAAUGUGAAUGUUAACAGCACCAAUGAGAAUGUUAACUGUACCAAUGUGAAUGGCCAAACACAAGCCACCUCAGACAAUAUCCAAUAG